UCACUUAAUCGAUUUUUCUCGAUAUUACGCUGUGAAUUCGUUUCCUAAAUUAUAAUAUUUGUGAUAGGACAAGUAACAUGCGCAUAAAUUGAUAAGUGCUAUAAAGUUUUCUGUACUAGUAUCAACAAAAACCAAAAAUGUUUUCAAUCAAAAAACCUCGUAUUCAGCAGAAGGAUUUGCAGUGCCUCAAUGGCUGCGGAUUUUAUGGCAAUGCACAGUGGAACGGACUGUGUUCCAAAUGUUAUCGCGAACGCACGAUUAAGGAGCGGCAUAUUAAACAAUAUCGCCCUACGAAAUUAACGAAUCAUCCGGGGGGGCGCAAACCAGAAUCCUAUCAACAGGUUAGCCAUCAUCAACAACUACAAGUGGAUCAUCAUGCCAGAAUGAGUCAUGGCCAAUUGUUAAAACCAGGGUCGGCCCAUAAAGAAGAGGACAAGAAAAAGAAACGAAACUUGAUGGAUCUCCUUAAGAAGACCACACCCACUAAAGAAAUCAUUGAGAAACCAUCUCGACAACAUCAUAGCCGCCAGCCUAUCGAUAAGCUCGAACAAGAAUACCACGAAGCACUUAAAGCUCUAAAAAUAGAAGACGCUGCAAAACGAGAAUUGAAAUAUUUUAUCGAAAUGCUAGAUCAGAAAAUACGCAAAAGACAUUCUGAGAGCAGCAUAGAGGAAGUUUCAGAAUUUGUCCAAAAUGGUUAUAUCAAAUUUCAGGAGUACAUGAAUGUAGAAAAUUCAAAAUUUGCCAACGUAUCUCAAGAAACCAAAGAUCAAGCGCUAGAUUUUUUCGAGAAAUGCAUCAUGACAAUGAACCAUGGACGAUUAUUUUCACCACCUAGCACCAACGAUGAAGAAAAGGAUUCGCAAAUCCAGAAGCGUAUUCGGCAGCUCAACUGGAUUAAUGCAAAACAUUUGGUGUGUAGCAUAGACGAAGUAAAUUCAGAAGUUCGAGAUCUUGUAUAUACUGCUAUCACGGAACUGGUGUCGAUGGAUUCUUUUCAUUCGCCACAGGAAAAACUGGAAUGCAUUAUUCGCUGCUGCCGCAAUAUUUUCACCUUGCUACAACAGUCUGUUGGAGGUCCUGCUAGUGCAGAUGAAUUUCUGCCUGCCUUGAUAUUUGUUGUUUUAAAAGCCAAUCCAGUGCGGCUGCACAGUAACAUAAAUUACAUAACGCGAUUCAGCUACGCAACGCGGUUGAUGAGCGGCGAAGGCGGUUACUACUUCACCAAUCUUUGCUGUGCCAUUUCCUUCAUUGAAAACAUGACCUCCGAAUCGCUUUCUAUGUCAUCGGAGGAAUUUAAUGGUCUUAUGGCGGGAGAAAAAACUGGCCCUUCAGCAUGGGAAAGUGCACUGAUGGCGUGUGAGAGCUUACAUCUGAUUUCGGAAAAUAUGAAAACUUUGAAAGGCCUCGGGGAUCGCAAUGAAGAGAUUUUAAGAAACGUGGCGCUGCUAAGUGAUGAUAUGGACAGCUUUAAUAAUGAAAUCAGCCGCAAGGUAGCCGACGUUUUGGAACGCACUCCUUUAGUGCUUAAACCAAUCCGUACCCCGCGUCGACUAGAGAAACGCAACGCACAUUCAAAUCCUACCAGCAGUCAGCUCCCGAUCGACGGUGGUCAUUUUCAGUCAAACUUAGUAACAGCUAUCAAGGUGGGCGAUGUGGAAUAUAACGACUCUAAGCAAAAAAAUACCGCAGAGGCGAGUUCUUCAGCGUCGACUAAUUUUGAUGAUUUGGUUAAAAAUCUCUCAGAUGCACUUGCCGUUCCGUUUGUUUCUGUUGAAGGAGAAAAGGAUGUUCCUGUUGCUUCUCCAUUUUCUGGUAUGAGCGCGAGCAACUCAACGGACCUACUAUCAGCAUCACCUGUUUUUGAUUAUAACAAGGUGUUUGACACUCAGUCUUUAGACGAAAUCGCAACUCCCGACGAUUUAGCGCACAGUUUUAUUCGAGGAAUCAGGAAUAUCAAUUAUGAUUUUGAUUUCUCGGAUCAUAGUGGAGAAAAUAGUGUGGCAGAAGAUCUGCUCGAAACGAAACCUGCGGCUGUAACGGUAACGACACAUCCGACGAUAAAUAAAUUUGACUUGGAGGAGUUCGAUCCGCUGAUAGUGAAAGAUCGCGAGGAAAAACUUUCUCAGCUUCCGCUGCAAACUGAUAAUCCAACAGAUAGCGUCCCUCUCGCCGGUGGAGGAAACAUUCUCGAUGAAGAUUCGCCUCGCGCGCUGCUCCUUGAAUCACCCAUCAAACCAACCGUUGCCGAAUAUCAGGGAUUCUCGCUUCAAGGGUGCAAUAUUCCGACCAUCACCUGCGUCACGGGACGUGACCUGGGAGCGUCGAGUUCUAGCAAAAUGCAGUCAAAGUCACCACCUCGCACUUUUGGCGACACAGGAAGUCUAAUUUAAUCUACUCAUACCUGUAAAUUACUGUAGGGUAACCAACGUAUUUUGGACCCCUUUAGCAGCUGUACAUAAUUUGGACACUUACAGCAAAAUCAAAUGGAAGUAUCCAAAUUAUGUACAGCUGCUGAUGGGGUCCAAAAUAGGUUGAUUACCCUAAUGCAUGUUAAA